UUAAAAUAUAGGGAAACGAAGAAGAGAAGAUGAAGAAGGAAUGAUUCUAGUGUAGAGAAAGAGAGAUUCAUUGUUUGUGUUUCGAGUAGAUAUUAUUUUGUUUCUCGAAGUUUAUAUCCUCACCAUACCUUCCUUCUUCGUCGUGUGGUUCGAAUUGGUUUCUUCUUCUUCUUCUCCACUUGCCUUCACCGUAUGGAUUCACCGAUUCGCUCUCUAUGAUCUGAUUGUGAUCUCUCCCUAUCUGGUGAUGAGGAUGAGAUGAAUGAAAUGGAAAGAGUGGGAGAAGAAACAGUGGGGAGUAACAACGUGCAAUUGAAAGGAGGAAGAGUGGACGAUGUGCCUUGUACGACGACGCUUCAUAUGGUGACUACUGAAUCAGAGCCUGUGAGGAGCGAUUGUCCUGGAGGAAGCUCAGCUGCUCACAGGAAUGUUGUUGAUAUCAACAAGCCUCCUGAGGAUUCUAAGAUCUCUGUUGAAGAGCUGACUUAUAGAGCAGUUCAAGGGAGUAAUAAUAAUAUGGAGAGUUCUAGGGCUGGGAAGUUUGAGCAUCUGUACCGGCUUGGCUCUUCUGCGUUUAGGGGAGGAGAUGGAGGAGAUCUUGAUUCUCAACAACCUCGUGAUAUGGAUCAGAUGUUGUCGAGAAUUAGGCAGCAGCUUGCGGGAGCUCCUUCCGAGAGGCAAAACUUGAAGCCUUUUGUGAAUAAGAGGAGCGAUCAGAAUCUUGAAGCUUUCUCUGAACGUCUGAGAGCUGCUGGAGAGAACAGUGUUAUGAACAAUGGGCCUGGAUGGAUCAACGACGGUGUACACUUGAAAACGCCGUUGAGUUCUUCGAGUUUUUCUCAGUUGAUACUUAAAAGAGCUAUGAAGGGGAAAGGGGUUGUUGGUAAACACCAGGAACCUCCUCCUCCUCCUCCUCCUGAGUUUGUUUGUGAUCAAGAUGUAGUAUGUAAGGAUAAAAAGUUGGAGAAUAGCAGCAAGUUGCCUGUUGCUCAUGAUCCGUUGGCUCUAAAAACAAUUCCAAAAGGUAAUGGGAUUGUAUCACAUGGUGAAGGGAAUCAUACGAACUCUUCUUCUUGUGGAAUCAGUUUGAGGGAGUUUCUUAGAUCAAGUUAUGGUAAACGAGAGAAACGACAUAGCCUUUCUCUAUUUAGGCAGCUGGUGGAGCUAAUUGGCUCAGCACAUUCACAAGGAUUGUUCUUGCUGGACUUGAGACCAUCCCUUUUCGCUUUGGUCCCAUCGAAGAAGGUUAGAUAUAAUGGUACUUUCGGAAAGAAAAAAUUAGACUCGGAUGUUGACGAAGAUUUGAAUAGGAAGAGGCACAUGAUUCAGGAAUCAUCUGUUGUUAGUAGGGAUUUGAAGAAAAGAAAAAUGGACUUAAAUGUACAUUCGUCAGGGAUUCACCUUCAGGCCACUUCAACUGAGAGACCUUUCAAAAGGAAAAGCCCUGUGAUUGAUUUAAACGUCGUUGAUGCACUCAAUCCCGAUAGUUGUGAGCUUCAACAGCAGAAUUAUAUCCAAAAUUUAGGCGUGUCUUCAGUGACGAGAAAUCAGUCUAAGUCCACAUGGCUUGAAGAGCAAUGGUAUACUUGUCCAGAGGAGAUGAAUGGCGAAGAUAUCGGAGAAAAGUCAAAUAUAUAUGCCCUUGGUGUUCUUCUAUUUGAGUUGCUAUGCCAUUGUGAGUCCAGUGAGAUGCAUGCUGCAAUGAUGGCAGAUUUACGUCAUCGGAUUCUCCCACCAGCAUUUCUCUCAAGAUACCCAAAGGAAGCUGGAUUUUGUCUCUGGCUUCUACAUCCUGAACCCUCCUCCCGACCAACAGCUAGAGAAAUACUGAAGUCUGAGUUGAUAUGCGAGGAGGAUUUAGUUAAAUCAACGGCUGCUGAUGAGGAGAUGUCUGAGCUGCUACUUCAUUUUUUGUCUUCACUAGAAAAGCAGAAGAAGAAAAAUGCAUCUAAGCUUUUGCAAGACAUCCAGACCUUGGAGGAUGAUAUCAAGGAGGCUGAGCGAAGAUAUUCUUCAAAAGCAUCUCCGGUGAGAUCUCAUGAAGCUAUCGAAAGAAAAGUGCGGUCAUCUCCCAUAGGCGAGCGCUGUACAACUACUUCUGGCACCUUGUUUGUACCAACUGCUAAUACAGACAGGCUGAUGAGUAAUAUCCGUCAACUUGAAGAUGCAUAUUUCUUCAUGAGGCAACAAAUGAAGUUAUCGGAUCCUGCGGCUAGUGCCCGUUCUGACAAAAGCCUUCUAAAGGACAAUGAGAGGGUGUCUGAAAACCAAAAUAAGGAUCAGGAUACGAGAACCAAAGGAAAAUCUUCAGAUCAACUUGAAGUCUUUUUCGAGGGGCUGUGCAAAUUUGCUCGGUAUAGCAAGUUUGAAACCUGUGGGACAAUCAGAAGUGGAGACCUUUUAAACACUGCCAGUGUGGUUUGCUCAUUGAGUUUUGACCCUGACGAGGAACACAUAGCAGCAGCUGGGAUAUCAAAGAAAAUCAAGAUUUUUGACUUCAACGCGUUUAUGAAUGAAUCUGUCGGUGUUCACUAUCCACUAGUAGAGAUGGUCAACAAAUCGAAAUUAAGCUGCGUUUGCUGGAAUAGUUACAUCAAAAACUACUUGGCCUCGACUGACUAUGAUGGUGUAGUCCAGAUAUGGGAUGCUGGGACUGGACAAGGAUUUUCCCAAUACACAGAACACCAGAAGAGAGCCUGGUCAGUUGAUUUUUCUCCAUCUGACCCGACAAAAUUUGUCAGUGGAAGUGAUGACUGUUCGGUAAAGCUUUGGAGCGUCAAUGAGAAACGGUCAUUAGGCACAAUCUGGAGUCCAGCAAAUGUGUGUUGCGUGCAAUUCUCUGCAUAUUCCAAUCACUUAUUGGCAUUUGGGUCAGCUGACUACAGGGUCUAUUGCUAUGAUCUUCGGUAUGUAAAAAAUCCUUGGUGCACAUUGGCUGGCCAUGAGAAAGCUGUUAGCUAUGUUAAAUUCAUGGAUUCAGAGACCAUUGUCUCUGCUUCCACUGAUAACUCUCUCAAGCUUUGGAAUCUUAACAAGACAAACUCCUCUGGUCUGUCACCUGGUGCUUGUUCAUUGACGUAUAAAGGACAUACAAAUCAAAAGAACUUUGUCGGAUUAUCAGUCUUGGAUGGAUAUAUAGCCUGUGGUUCAGAGACCAAUGAGGUAUAUAGUUACUAUAGAUCCUUACCAAUGCCAAUGACUUCAUACAAGUUUGGAUCAGUGGAUCCCAUUUCUGGAAACGAAUACUUUGAUGACAAUGGACAGUUUGUGUCGAGCGUCUGUUGGAGAAAAAAAUCGAAUAUGCUUGUAGCUGCGAAUUCUACUGGAAACAUGAAGCUGCUGAAACUGGUUUGACAAUGUGGCACUGGACUCUAGAAACCUGUGCUCCUCUCUCAAGUCUGAAUCUAGGACAACCAUUUGACUUGAAGCAACGUUUUUGUCCUGGAAACUGUGAAUCCUAUAUGACCAUGAGAGUUCAUAUGGUUAGCAACCAAAUCUCUGAGUAGUUGAAGUAAAAGAAAAAGCUGUCUGUGUCUGUGAUACGAUUUGAUUCUUCUUCAUGUAACUCUAUAUAUGAUUAGUUUGAGAUAAAAGUUGGCAGAUUCUUCGGAAGUUGAUUCAGAUUUGGUCUUGCACAAGUUCGGCAUCAAUGUGUAAUGAUUAGAGGUAUAUAAUCUGUACAAGUGUGUGCUUUAGUUAUGUAAUUGUUGUUGGAUAUUAUUUACUGUUCUGAGAUAAAUAGAGAGAAAAGAGUUCUCUGA